AUAACUUCUACGUCGAAAGCUUUGUCAAAGGUUUCUUCAAAAGUUAUUGCUUAAUUCGCAUUCAGUAUUUAAAACUGUAUACUGAAGUACGCUAAAAAUUUCUCUUUAGGCAUAUUCUUUUAAAAAAUAUGCAUACGAGCAUAGGAUACUUUUUUAGUGUUGCGUGUUUUAUAUACUUUUCGACACGAAAAUGCUCCGCGGAAUAUUCGCAAGAUACUUAUUUAAAUGCUUUCGAAAAUUCUCACAAGUCUACCUUUGAUAACAAUGUUGGAUAUAAUUAUAUUCCACCCUCCAAUAUUGUACCAAUACCACAGGCAGAAUAUGGGCCACCACAUGCCGUGUAUGGACCGCCGACAUUUCACAAACCUGUAAACAUAUAUCACCCUAGAGAGCAUUGGAUCUUAGAAAAACUGAAGAAAAAAAUAAAUCUCUUUGCAUUCGGAAAGAUAAUAUUGAAGUUGCUUAUAUUCAAAAAGAUUGUCAAAUUUAUUGGAGUUAUUUGUUUGCUCCUUUUCCUUCCGAAAUUAAAAGAAUUAUUCAAAGACGACACGUCGAUGGAAGACAUGUCAGCAGAGGAAGGUAGAGCGAAAAAUAGAAGUAUACUCACAGAUAAAGGUGUACUUGAGAGACAUAUUUCGGAAUUAGAAGAUUUCAUCUCCAGGUCAAUUACAUCAUAUGCAUCAGCAUAAUACUAAUAAAAAUAUGUUUAUUUAUUUUCUGUAAUACCAA